UGAAGGAAACGCACGCCUCUGACGGGGUUUGAACGCACGUAACUCCGCCUCGACGCUCCGCUGAGGUUCAGCUGCUGCCGCUCGCCCUCCACUCUCAGUGCUGGAGGUAACUCCGUGCGUAAAGGUGCCAGACUCGGAGCGCAGCGCGCGUUUCUUCUUCUCCUGCGCGACAUCGCUGCUGAGAAAUACUGUAACCUGUCACCGCUCGUUAAACAGCCGCCCUGGUCUGAUUCAAUUGGUGUCUUUUUACACCUGCGUCCUCGUGAAUUCCAUUAUUGGAUUGCGCGUAAAAAAAAAAAAUGAAGCUCACGACUGGAGAUAACAGUGGACUUAAUUUCUGCCUGUGAAAACGCGCACCGAGUCAAACUUAUGGCGUGAAGAGCCUGUUCUUGGCCUUCGUCACUCACAGCUAAUGGAUGUCUUAACACAAUAUGCCUACAACGACAGUUCAUUUGACAAUGGAACAUGGGGCUUCAACCAGACGGACGGCGAGCAGAAGCAUCCGUACAACUACUACGCCAUGCUGCUCACGCUGCUCAUCUUCGCCAUCGUCUUCGGCAACGUGCUGGUGUGCAUGGCUGUGUCGAGAGAGAAGGCUCUGCAGACCACCACCAACUACCUGAUCGUCAGCCUGGCAGUAGCUGACCUUCUGCUGGCCACACUGGUGAUGCCCUGGGUCGUCUACUUGGAGGUGGUGGGAGAGUGGCGCUUCAGCAAGAUCCACUGUGACAUCUUCGUCACCCUGGAUGUGAUGAUGUGUACAGCCAGCAUUCUUAAUCUCUGUGCCAUCAGCAUUGAUCGCUACACAGCAGUGGCGAUGCCCAUGCUCUACAACACUCGCUACAGUUCCAGGAGACGUGUCACGAUGAUGAUCUCAGUGGUGUGGGUGCUGUCUUUCGCCAUAUCGUGCCCCCUCUUGUUUGGCCAGAACAACACAGCCACUCGUGAUGCGUCUCUGUGUGUGAUCGCCAACCCCACCUUUGUGGUGUACUCUUCCAUCGUGUCCUUCUACCUUCCCUUCAUUAUCACCCUCCUGGUUUACGUGCAAAUUUACGUGGUCUUGAGGAAGCGCAGGAAACGCGUCAACACAAAACCGAAGCAGCGCGUGUGCCAGGCUGCCCCACCAGAUUUGCCCAUUUCGCUGAAGGAUAAGUGCACUCACCCGGAGGACGUGAGGCUGUGCACCGUGAUUGUUAAAACCAAUGGGAGUUUUCCUGUCAACAAGAAGAAAGUGCUCUUCAUCAAAGAAGUCACCAAUGACGUGGGAGAAGAUCUGGAGCUGGAUGAGGUGAACAACAGCGGCACCAGCCAUAGGCAGCAGAAGCAGGCGCAGUAUGCGCUUGAUGACACCCCGGCGACAAGCCACCAGCUGUUGGUUCCCAACCGAGCCAACGCCAGCCCGUCGUCCUCGCCGCCUGAGCAGAGGGCGGAGCAGAACGGAGACCCCUCCAAGGAGCCUCACGCCGAUCCUGCCCCGGUGGUGACCAAAGUCUUUCAGACGCAGGCCUUACCCAACGGAAAGACUCAGACCUCUAUGAAAACCAUGAGCAAGAGGAAGAUCUCGCAGCAAAAGGAGAAGAAAGCCACUCAGAUGUUAGCCAUCGUUCUUGGUGUGUUCAUCAUAUGCUGGUUGCCAUUCUUCAUCACACACAUCUUGAACACCCACUGCACAAGAUGCAAGAUCACUGCUGAGAUCUACAACGCUUUUACUUGGCUGGGCUACGUGAACAGUGCUGUGAACCCCAUCAUAUACACGACCUUUAACGUGGAAUUCCGGAAGGCAUUCAUGAAGAUUUUGCACUGCUAGUGGGAGGAAGCUGGAGUUCAAAAGGGUCUUCUAUGGCAAAUACCUCAUGUACGGGAAAACAAAGCGCGGGGGGGCAAAACCAAACAUUCUUUCUAUGACUGUCAACGGAAAGACAUCUUCGCUCUUCACGUGAAAUCGAUGGUGGAGUCGUGCUCUCCCAAAUCACUGAAUGUAAAACAAGAAAUGUCUGUAACAAUGACUCGUAUCCCGGGAGAAGAAAAAUGUAUUAUCGUCCUCUAAAACCAUCGUGCUUGUCAAUUACAGAGCCAUUUGUGUAUAUCACACAGGUACAAGUCGCAAAAUGCUAUUUAUUGUGUGUGAGUUUUCGUUAUGAAGAUGGAAUUUGAUGCUCAAAUCUUUAUGAAUAUCAAGUCAAUGUCCACUGCAGUGUUAUGAAUCACGACUGGGAACGCGAGUCAGUGCUGGGAAGAGACUUGUGGUUCUUGCUGUCUGAUGUGGCCAUGCCAAGAUCCACCUAUUUGCAAUUUUAUAAAUGAAAUAUGUUGGAUUUGUUUUUCCCCUCCUCAUUGUUUCCUGUACAUACUUUUUGAACCACACAUUAAAUGUGACUAUAUGCCUGCGAUCUAGGUGUUAUGCAUGCUACACGGCUCCUUUACUUGACUUCUCAUGAAAUGGAUGUUUAGCAAAAAAUGACAAAAUGUUGUCAAAUAAAGUUCUGAGACACUUUCAAGUGCCAUAUGAACGAGAGUGAUGUGUCUUCGGCCGCUGCUCCAAGCCUGUGUUCAGCUCGUAACAUCUUUAAGCUCAGCUACGGUCUAAAGGUAACCCAGACGUGUCAAGGUCCCCGUCACAAAUGGAGCCCCAAAACACGGAAAUCUCAGGUGCAGGUUAGAAGGGUAAUCUUUCCCCCUCAAGUCAACUCCACGCUCUCCUCAGCCAUCGUUUCCUGCUUCCCAUCGGUCACUGGUACCUGCCCAGAUCCAGAUGCCAGCAGCACCUCAGCUGGAGAACAAGAAUGGAGACUGACUGUCUCACUACAAACCACAAUGGCUGCCACACUCCACCACACUCACCAUCCGUCACUCUUAAAAGAGACUGAACUCCUGUGUAAACUCUUAUUCCGAACCUGAAAUGGCCAUAACAGGUGAAGGUCCACGGUGUCGGAUUGGGACCAGCGUAUCCCAGCUUCCCCAAGUUCAUUGUGGACGGUAGGAGUCUUUGUACAGUGGAACAUCAUCUACAAAAAGCAGAGAUAUGAUCCGACAUUUAUUUUUGUCUGCUUAUUCCCGAAUGGAUAUCAGUGUUUGAGGUGGCUGUUUAAGGCCACAUGAAGCAUUCAUGCACACACUCACACCAGUGGACUGUGGGAGGAAAUUGGAGUACUCAACAACUCCACUGGUCCAUUCCAAGAGUUGCCUCAAGUCAGAUUCCGGCCUUCGCUCUCAUCGGCUGCAGCUGCAGUCCAUACAGCACCAGAUCAGAUCUUAACUCGAUUGAAAAACUCCCUCACCAGUGAAAGAGGACAGUGGCUGUCCA